CACGCGCUUCGGCAUCUGCGGGCCCUGGUGCAGACAUGGCCAAGUCCAAGAACCACACCACGCACAACCAGUCCCGAAAAUGGCAUAGAAACAGCAUCAAGAAACCCCGAUCACAACGAUAUGAAUCUCUUAAGGGGGUAGACCCCAAGUUCCUGAGGAACAUGCGCUUUGCCAAGAAGCACAACAAGAAGGGCCUGAAGAAGAUGCAGGCCAACAAUGCCAAGGCCAUGAGAGCAUGUGCUGAGGCUGUCAAGGCCCUCGUGAAGCCCAAGGAGGUCAAGCCCACGAUGCCAACAGGCGGCAGCCGCAAGCUCAGCCGACUUGCCUACAUUGCUCACCCCAAGCUCGGGAAACGUGCUUGUGCUCGCAUCACCAAGGGUCUCAGGUUCUGCCGGCCAAAGUCCCUCACAUCUGCCAGUGUGAGGACAGAAGGACUGGUGUGACCCCCUGGGCUGCUGUCUGCGUGGGGCUGGUGUCCUCCUGUGCUAUUUGUACAAAUAAAUCUGAGACAGGAAAAAAAAAAAAAAA